UAUCGGCAAGUUGUUUUUAAUUUGAUAAAUUUCGUUUCUAUGUAUAUAUGUAUAUUCCGGGUAUAGAUUUCGUGUAUUUUAGAAUUUCGCAGAUAAAAGUCGAGGGAGUGUUCAGCAACAACGACCGAGGCUUUUAUGCGAACGAAGCUUUCAGAAUAGAAGUGCCGGUGCGAUUUGCAAUCUCCCAUUAUUGCGAGCCAAGAGAUAUUUCACGAAAUAAUUAAAAACUAUUAACGAGCGGUCGCUUUCACAGCUUUCACGUGGCGGUCGAUGACGGGAUACGUGAACGUCGAUGUCGCGCAAUGUAGAAAACUGAUGUGCAUUAUCAUCAAGUGACAAGCAACAGAGGCGGUUAAUCAAUAACCCACUUUUCAUCUAGCUUUGUGCGCAUGAUAGUGAAAAACCUUAUCAUUGUAUCUCACUACAUAUAAGCAAAAUUGUAGCUUUGUUCGUUAGGUAUUCAACACGUAUUCAAUGUUUCUCAUCGAUCUUCCAUACUUAAGUAAAUACAUAGAUGUACGAUCGAUGUUCAGCUUGAGGCCACGGAGUGCUACGACGCGACAGGAGAUUGAAAUGAUCAACAAGGCCCAGCGGGCCAUACACACCACCACGGAUUCCAUUGAGAAGUUGCGUCUACUUUGCCUGGCUAGGGGUGCCAAUGGCAUUCUUGGUUUGGGUAGGGUAUUCCGUCGUAUGGACGAGGAUGGCAACAACAAGCUAAAUCUCGAGGAGUUUAAAACGGGUUUAGAGGAAACUGGAAUGGAAAUUUCCGACGAUGAAAUUAAUGAAAUUUUUCAGAAAUUCGACACCGACGAGGAUGGAAAUAUUAGCGUCGAUGAGUUUCUUGUCGGCAUAAGACCACUGAUGUGUCAAAGCCGAAGAGACGUGGUAGAGCAAGCGUUUCAGAAAUUGGACAAAACCGGCGACGGGCGGAUCACCAUCGACGAUCUACGAACGGUUUACAACGUGAAAUGUCAUCCGCGUUAUAUCAGCGGUGAGGAAAGCGAAGAGAGUAUUUUAAAUAAGUUUCUCUCGAAUUUCGAGGUCGGGGGCAAUGUCGACGGUGUCGUAACGGAGGAAGAAUUUAUGAAUUAUUACAGCGCUAUGAGCGCGAGUAUAGAUAACGAUGCGUAUUUCGACUUGAUGGUGCGCAACGCUUAUAAGCUGUGAAUCUUGAUCUCUCUAUUUGCAUUUCGCGAGAUAACACGCCGCUGCAUCUGUCUAUUUCACUGGCGGUCGUCGAGCGCAUUAACAACCAUAAAGUUGCUAUUCCGCUAAACUAAUGUAUAAUAAAUGAAUAUCGUUGUUACGUUAUCAGAAAUGACCUUAGUUUCUCGUUAGAUUCGCACUCGUAUUUUCGCAAUCCAGCAAAAACAUGUUAUACUAUGUUCAAUAUUAAUGCGCGCGAGUCGUCCGCGAGUAUACCGAUGAUCAAAUUUAUAAAACUGACUCUAUGUAUUUCAUUAAUCGUUAACCCACCGGAAUAUUCUCGAUCAAGAAGAAGAAAAAAAAAGUGCGUGGAAAUCGACCUUGGGAGACUUGUUAAAAAUUAAUCUGAUACCCUCGCUAAUUUUUGUUCUCUUGUCGAGCUACUUGGUCGCCGGACAACCGCGCGAUAACUCCUUCACUUUUGAACUAUGAAAAGUUUGCAUAUGUAUGACAAACUUGCGCAAACAAAAGCGAGAUAUGUGUGUCUGACAAUCUUUUUCUUCUUCUUCCUUGACGCGCUUUAUUAGCUAUUUAUAAAACAAGUUGGUUAUAGGGACCACGUCUGCAGCGCAAAGCGCGGUGGAUGCGCACCGCAUGACCGCACACGGCGCACACUCGCGUCUUUUUAAGCAUCCCUCUUUGUAAUCCUACUUUUUAUUUAUUCUUCUGCGAAUAAAUUAUAUGCGAUUAUGAAA